CUGAGCUUGACGCCAUACGACACUUUUGACCCACGACAGUCACCAACUUACAAUCCUCCUCGAUGAACUCGGUCAAGGAUAUCUUCAAUCGGCCUCCUGCCAUCUCGGAGGACACGCUUCAGUACACUCUUUAUCCGCAAGAUGACAUCUCAGAUCGUGCUUCUGCGACUACUCUCGCGACUCUGAUGCACGAACAUGUCGACUCCUUACUACCCGGCUUUCUUUGGCACCGGGAUGCGUUCGAGCUCAAGGUAGUGCAGAACCCGGAUUGCGAGGGAUGGGUGCUCGAGGGCAGGAUGAGAGUGGGGGACUGCGUCGACGACGAGUGGUGUGCGGUCUGGCUGCUGAGAGAGAUCAGCGCAAAGUGGGACGUCACGAUUAGUGUUCUCGACUCUGACGGCGAAUUCAUACUCAUUGAAGCAGCCGAGGCGCUUCCAUCAUGGGUCACUCCAUCCAAUGCUGAGAAUAGGGUCUGGAUUUACCGCUCCCGCCUUCAUCUCAUUCCUCUCUCAUACGUCUCUGCACCAUCUAGCAAACCUCGCCGGCGGCGUUACCCCGGUGCAAAGGAUAGCGACGAGGAAGGCGAUAUGACGCAAAUCGACGAUGAUGAAGACUACAUAACGGUCCAGGAUGCUAUCAAGCUUGUCCGCGACCCCCUUGUGGACACAUUCGCGCCUGCUGAGGUAGAGCAGACUGUGUGGACGCGGCUCUCAGGGUAUCCGACUGCAGCUAGGCAACAUGUGCAUGUCGCGAAGGCCUACUUGCCAGUUGACAUUGCCAAGGCUCUUGCGGUCGAUCCAUCUCUUGUGCAGAAACCCACCGAAACAUUCUAUACGCGCGAUGCUAUUCAGCUCCGGGCCGCUCAUAAGAUGACGCGCUUCCCUCCCGAGCCAUCCAUUCUGACGACUGUCAAGAUGACCAGAACAGCUUAUGCCCAAUUAGCUGGGCAGAAAUUCUACCCUCCGAAGGUAUUCGGUCGGUGGCAAGAGAAAGAAGACACAACGGAGUGGCGAUGGCGAGACGUCGGAAUGAAGAUUGCGUGUGGAUUUGAGAUGCUCUACCAGGAGAGCAAAGAUCGCACAGAUACCGUCAACGUCUCAGCUGAAGCAAUGCAAUCAUCGGCACAGGCAAGGAAGGAGGCUCUUCACCGCAGCACGGAAUACGUAAAAUACAUACAGAACCUCGUGUCAUCUGGCUAUUUCAAAGGCGAGCUAGAAGGAUCCAAGCUAUGGAAUGAGCUCGAAGACAAGGCAACCGCUGUAUUCCUCGAAGUUCGCAGAGAAGACGAUGCUGGUAGACCCUCGUUCGCCGCUGCCGUUAAUGCUACCGUUUCCAAGGCAGCAGGCGCGCCCAUCCCUCCUGCACAGCGAGAAGAAGAUUCGGACGAGUGGCUCAACGUGAACGCAGAAGACUUCGAGUCAAUGCUGGAGAAGAACUUCGGUGGCAAUGUAGACGUGGAGGACCAGGGACCCUUACCCGAUGCGAUGGACAUAGAUAAGCAGACGCCGACGCGAGAGUCGGAAGAAGACCGUGUCGCGAGGGAACAGGCAUCAAAAUUGAAGAAUCUCGCAAAGAAAGUCGAGGAGUUCAUCGAGGGGGAAGGUGACAUUGAGGGCGCAAGAUUCGCUGACGAGGAGUUUUCAGACGAGGACUUCAGCGAGGAUGAGCAUAUGUCCGAGGACGGAUCUGAAGCUCCGACACCUCCGCUGACCGAGCAGACUGAAGCACAGCGAGUAGCUCGACAAGCUGCCAUGGAUAAACUCGUACCAGGCAUCUUGCCAUCUGAGUAUGGCAAGAUGCCGCCUUCUUUCCACAGUAACUCCCAGCGCGUCGCCCCAAUCACCAUCGAGACCGAGACACGCGAAGUCCCUACCAAAGGAUCAGACGCCUCCGCCGGACUUCGCAAGCGGCCAAUCCGACCUCCCAUUCUCCCCCGUGACAAGUAUGAAGGUGUCGAUUCCGAUGACGAGACUGACGGGGAAAGCGGAGGUGAAGGCGACGAGGAAGACGAAGAGGACAAGCCGCAAGUGGUAGGCGACGUCGAAAUAGACAUGAACGAGGAGGAAGAUGAGUUUUUGGAGUUCGCACGCCAAGCGCUAGGAAUAUCCGACGAGCAAUGGGGCGACAUUGUCAAAGAACGCACAGAUCGUGGCGCGUAUGUUCCAUUACAUGUCGUUGCCGAGAACACACUGUUGAAGAAGACGGCGACAUCGACCCAUUACAGUGCUCCAGAGCUUGCUUUUAACACGCCUUCUCGCAAAUCUGCCGCAGGACCGCGUCCAGAUGUCAAUCCAAAUUUGGACUCCUUUGAAGCUGUUAUGCGGGCCAUGGAUGCUGAGUUGGCACAGUCGCGGAAAAGAAAGCAUCCUCCGCCAUCGCAGACAGACAAGGGCAAAGGAAAGGCGAAAGAAUCACUCGGUGAACGUCAUGAUAUCUUAGAUAUCGAAGCAGCAAUGGAUGCUGAACUUGAAGCGGCUUUGGAGAAGGAGCAUGAUGGCGAUGGUGAUGAGGUUGAUGCCGAGGAAGCGGUCGAUUACAACUUAAUCAAAAACUUCCUGCAGAGCUACAAGAGCCAGGCUGGCCUUUCCGGCCCUGUGGGUAACCUUGCAGGACGGUUACAGUCAGGUUGGAUGCUACCGAGAGACGAGUCGUAACUCGCGCUUCAUGUACUGUACCAAGAUUGUAUGCAUCGAGGCUCGAAAAUACGAUCAACUUUUGCUUCGCUUCUCAUUGCUGCUCCGCUUUAGAGAAAGUAGGGUAUAGAUUGUGUCUUACGGUACAAUAGAUAAAAAU